GAAUACCGCUUAUGUCAUAAUAAUCACAAGCGUCUCUCCUGUUGACCACUGGCACUGUCGCACUAGCGGUUUGUGUCUUGUGACCCAAGUGUUGGCUCAACUCUAAAUAUCAUAAAGCUUGUCCAUUGCACGAGAAGAAUGAAGGGCUCGCUGGCCCGCAAGAGUGUGGACACGCCGCACGCACACGCACACAGCGGCAAGAAGCGGCUAGGCGGGGGGGCAAAGUACAGCAAAGCUGACGUACUGUACCUCAAGGAGCUGUUUGACAAGCACGACCAGGACCACAACGGCAAGGUCACCAUUGCGGAGCUCAUAGAGGCGCUGUCCGCGGAGAAGAAGCUGACACACCAGGAGCUCAGCGCCUUCCGGACGAUUGACAUCAACCAGGACGGCGUGUUGACAUUCAACGAGUACCUGCGGCGGCUGUUCCCCAUGGCCACCGACAAGGAGUUCGCCUGCAUGCUCAGCUGGGCCAACCCGCACACGGCGGCAGGCGCCCACGAGACGCUGUUUGAGCCCACCAAGGAGCAGCUGGAGGAGAUCAAGAAGAUGUUCGCGAUGUUCGACAAGAACGGGAAUGGCACGAUCGAGAAAGUGGAGUUGGUGGCGGUGGCUGAGAAGUGCGGCUACGUGGGGUCGGACGUGGAGGACCUGUUCAAGGCGCACGACGUGGACCACAAUGGGUCCAUAUCCUUUGAUGAGUUUGUGCAGCUGAUGAAGAUCUCGUACGUGUAAUGCCCAGGGCUAGACCUGUCGUUACAGUCGUUGGCGGUGUCUGGAUUUAGAUAGCUUCUGGUGGGCCGGUACUUACUCCGCUUGGGCGGCUGGCUGGUCCUGCGAGAACUGGAAGUCAGCCACGGCCCUUGAGCCUAAGCAUGCCCUGAUGCGGCUUGAAGCUGGAACGCAAUGUUCAGCGUAUUGGGGUACAAUUAGGUGUGCAAUUGGCGUACAAUUAGGGAGGCUGGGUGCUUCCAUUAGACCUUGGAUGCCCAGGACCGAAUGCUGAGAGUCCUUGCUUGAGCUACACAGACAUACGGUACAUACUACCGCGUACUGGAGAUCUGGGCUGAGUGGCUGAUGUUAUUUAAUCAAGUGUGUGACAUGCAGCAAGUAAGGUAGUGUGGGACGCUGGAUGUGCGCGGGAAUUCGGUAUCCUUGCAGCUGAGGGGGCAAGGUGACAUGGGGUUUACAUCCCCGUCCGGACCCGGCAACUGUAUGAGCCCUGCCGUACCUCUUCGUCAUGUGCUCUUGACACUAGCUUACAACUGAACUCUUGAAGACUUUGGGUCCGAUCACUCCGAUGAUACGGUAUGGGGCCGUCACACACCUUUCUUAAGACUUGCACCG